AUGAUCUGGACCCUUGGACGCCUUUUGCUUCUAUUCUUUGCACUAUCCACGGUCGGUGCCUUGCCAAACAAUGGAUCGCACCAUGUGACGAGUAGCACGACCACGGCGGACCCUAUAUUCCCGUCGUGUCCGAGCGGAUCCGUUCCAUCGGUGAUUAGCUCUGGUCCAUUACCAGGCGCCACGGAAAUUACAGUCGUCGUCGGCGUUUGCUCGUCUACCUCCACGCCGACGCCGACGUCUCGUUCAUCCACGUACUCUAAUAAUACCGUACCUACGACAGUAACAGUCUUGGCCAGUCCAACUGGUUCUCCGGCUGGACAGACACUCAUUGGAACAGCGACGCAGACUGUUCCAGCGUCUUCCAGCGCGGCCUUUCGUGUCGCCACCCUGUGGAGUACGUCGCUGGUCCUUGUCCUUGUUGGAUGGGCUGCGCUGUAUCUUUGA